AUGUCUUCAAGGCUGCGUCCCAGAUCCGCUUCCUUGAAGGCCUUGCCUCCUGAUGCACCAUGCAGUCCCUCCAUCGAGGUGGCUGGCCUGGCGGCGGGCCACUGGAAUGUGAAUUCGAAGGAGAAGCCCGGUGGACUUGGUGGACAGCGGCUGCCUCACCGUCCGUUGAAGAGCGUCUCGCUGAAGCUGGCGAAAGAGAGCAGUCCAACUGCCUCAACCCGCUCCAACUCUGCAGGCGCCGCCUUUGGCGACUUGCUGCUGGACGCAAGGCAAUGUGCCAGACAGGCAUCUCACUCAAGCGGGCCGCCUUCUCAUGGAAACGAGGUGCCAGCAACGCAAACCGUUUCCACAGGUCCCGUUCCAUCAGGAAGACCCAGUCAGGCAAGCAGGAGCCGAGCAGGCGGAGAGAAGAUGGUGUCGACCGCUCCAGCAGCUGUUGGACGACCUCCUCCUCCACCGAAGAAUCCAGCCUCGAGUGAGGUCCUAACAUCUUCAAACCGUGCUGUUCAGCGGCUGCCUGGAGAUGCCAGGUCGCUAUCGAGAGAGGAGGAGGACGGCCUGAAGCGGCCAAGCAGCGCAUCAUAUCAGAGAGCUGCUGCAGUUUAUGCAUCUUUGCCGAAAACACCAGGAGGGACAAGGACACUUGUCCCAGAUGCUGAUGGUUUCAUCUUCCGUCCCAGUGUUGAAGCAGAGCCGAAGCCAAUGCCCCGCGGAAGACCCAGACCGGUCAGUCGUGGCCUGGCUUCGCUUACGGCAUCCGUGGCCCGAUCUCCAAAACUGUCGCUUCACACCGCCAGCUCUGCUAUUGAUGACACUACGGAUGUUCCAGCUCCCCGGAUAGCUUGGAGCGAAGGCAUUGAGGAUGUCCCUCCAGAUGCACCCGGUGAUGACAUGCUUGCGGCAGCUGCUCAGAUCCGACGAGAUUGGCUCGCGAGACAACUCAUGGAUGACAACGAGGUGUCGGAGGCUUCGCCGGAUGAGCAGGACUCGGGUCGAUGGCACCUCAGGACGGAGGAUGGGCGCCGAUCCUUGGGUGAACUCGAGAAGAGCUUGGCCAAGGCAAAGCAACGGGCGGAGAGAGGCCGCCGGGAGCUCGCUGGUUACUUGGAGACCUUGCGCAGCAAGACCUUUCAGGCUGACGAGGCAGAUGCCAUGAAGGACGAGGAGCUUUUGGUAUCGCUUCCCGCGGAUUUUGAGGAUGUUGUCGACAUCAAUGCUUCCCUCACCGCGGAAAGGAGGAAAUCUCGACAUCGCGAGCCAGGAGCAUCUGGAGACAAAGGGGCGACUCCUCCAGGUAACACCAAGGGGCUCAGCGAAGACUUCAAGUUGCCCGCGUUCUUGGAGAAGUAUUUCUUCGAGGAGAAGGCGGUUGAGGAGUUGCCAAUCAUGCGCCUGCAGGUAGAGGAGGCCGCGGGCAGCAGGGAGUCUGCUGUAGACAAGAUAGCGAGGCAGAUCGCACGCUUAGAUACGCUCUUGGCGAGAAGAGAGGCCGACGGCAUGGCUCGCCUCAAGGCCUCCAAAGCUGAGGUGGAGGCGACAAAGGAGCGCCUGAGAAGAGAAAGCGAGAAAUCGGAGGCUGAAAAGAUCGAGUUGCUCAAGCAGCUAAAGGAAAGAGGUUUCCUGCGCAGCAAUACUUCGAGGGCGACGUCAGCCGCUUCUUCAGUCCAGCCCAGCCGAAGUAGCUCGCUGGCGCCCUCGGGUGCUGCAACACCAUCCAGUGAGGCGUUCCCGGAGCAGGUCAUGAUUGACUGGAGUGUUUGGGAAUCGUCUGCUGAGACGGAUGCUCCCUCGGCGAUUCAGUCCGUGGCCUCUUGCCCAUCUGCGUCUCCACGGGAGCAGGUUGGCCAGGACGAGCCUGACACCUCCACGUUUUCGCUCACAUCAGAAACGGCAGACCUUUCAACUCUCUCCGGGCGAGGCACUGGAGCUGCUUCCAGAGCUUCCCACAAGUUGGAGCCGGUUCUCGAGGACGUCGCGGAUGAUGAUGGAAGACUGUCAGCCGAUGUGGAAGGUGUUCCUCCGGAUCAGGAUGAGGAGCCGGCAGCACUUGCGAUGCUGACAGAGGACCCUUACAACCUAGAGGCGCUUGAAGCCAUCGAUGACAAGCUGGCACAGCUGGUCCCGGAGUCAGAGUGGGAGGCCAAAUCGAUUCGGUCUCUACGCACCGGGUCCGAGAUCUCCGCAGCAGGCCAAUCCAAGAUCUCGAAGCCAUCGGUGCGGUCAAGCGCUCUAAGCUCAAGUGUCUUGCCAGGUGAGCCUCUCCUACGAGAGCAGCAUGAAGAUCGGGAGAAUCGGAAAGCGCUCAUAGCCAUCAACGACCGGAUCAGCCAGCUGCAGGAUGAGGGUAGCAGAAGACCUUCCGAGCAAUUGCGGCCAGAGCAGCUUCAGCAAUUGCUGCUCCAGGCAGUAGCCGCGCAGCCUACGCCGGAUGUCGACGACAAAGUUCUGUCUCUCCAGGCCGGCAGCAUGGGCAACUUGGUCCAUGUGAAGCACACUGCAGAACUCGAAGUCGCCGGGCCUCUCUCCAAAGCAAGAGAGAUUUUGGCCAGGCUGGAGCAAAGCAAAGGCGACCUCGACGAUGUAGCAGUCGAGGCGAAGUCUAGUUGGAAAGAAGUUGAAGACAGCGUGCGCGUCUUGGAGCAAAGCUCCAGCCAGCCGCCCAACGUGGAGGCAGAAGAUCUCGAAGUCAUGGGACAGGGAGCUACGGGACCUACGCCCGAGAUGUCCACUUGGGCGACUCGCUUGGAGGAUCUCGCCAGAGAGGCUUCAAAUGUGGCAGAAAACGGAGUUCCUGCGGCUCGCGGGACACUACCUGCCGUUGACGUGGAUGCUUUUGUGAGGGGAGAUUGGGGGUCAGCAGACGUUCUGACGAUUCCAACCUUAUCCAGUGCUCGUGCCGGCACAGACCCGGAAGGUUCCUCAGAUGCUUGCUUGGAAUGGCCAGUCUCGGAGGAAGCAGCCCGCUUGAGCGACGGCCACGGGCUGGACAAUCCUGAAGAGAUUGGCCUAGAGGGCGACGAGGCGAUUGUUUCGGAAUGGGAUGGUGAGGACGCUGGCCACAUGGCUGCAGGCGAUGACUACAGCUUGUCCGACGACGACGCUCCUGUCUUUCUCCCCGUGGCCGAGAUUGUCGAACCAGCCAAGGCUCUGGACUUGGAGCUGCCGGCAGGACCAUGGAGCGACGAAGAUUUGGAGAGGUAUUCGCGCAUGAUGGACGCGCAUCUCGUAGAUGCCAAGUCAGCCGGCGCCGCCUGCCCUUCCUGA